CAAAAACUUGGACCCCUGACCCGGAAACUAGUAAAAAACUGUAUUAUCAGGAUCAGUGAUUCCUCAAACGGAUUUAACAAAAAAACACAGGACAGUGUUUAAACAACCAGGAAGUGGAUUACUGAGAUAAAAAUUAUUAAGAUAGGUAUACAAAGAGGGAAAAGAUAAAAAUAAAAAUCAAAUCAAAUUUCUUCUCUAUCCAUCUAAUUAAAUUGUAGUUUUGCCCAACAAUGAACUCAAGAGCGCCAACAUGUUGUAGAUAACAACUGAGUAGAUAACUAUUACGCAACGAUGACAAGUUAAACCUCGCGCAUAUUUAUAUUUCGUAUCGAUCGUAACAAUCGCAUUCACGGUCACGAUGUUCGCGGGCAAAGUUGUGUUGUUGACUGGCGCGAGUUCCGGCAUUGGCGCCGAAACCGCUUUGCACUUCGCCAAACAAGAAGCUAUUUUAGCUCUUGUAGGAAGAAACAAGGAUAACUUAGAGAAAGCAGCCAAAAAAUGCGAAGAAGUCUCGCCAAAGAAACUGAAGCCCAUCACCAUUAUUGCAGACGUAAACAAUGAAACUGAUCUGGAGAGAGUUAUCAACACCACCAUCGAACAACUGAAGCAAAUCGACGUAUUGGUAAAUAACGCCGGAAUAAUGACAUCUGGGUCGAUAGAAACGACGAGUUUAGAACAGUACGAUAAGAUAAUGACAACAAACGUACGAGCUCCGUACUAUCUCACGAUGCUCGCGGUACCGCACCUCUUAAAAACUAAAGGAAACAUCGUGAACGUAUCAAGCGUCGCUGGAGUGAGAUCUUUCCCGAAUAUACUCGCCUACUGCGUUUCAAAAUCUGCCCUUGACCAGUUCACAAGGUGUGUUGCCCUGGAGUUAGGGCCGAAAGGAGUUCGCGUAAAUGCAGUCAAUCCUGGAGUCGUAAUAACGGAGAUACAUAUGAGAGGCGGAAUGAGUGAAAAAGAUUACGAAGCCUACAUUGAAAAGUGUAAAAUGACACACGCGUUAGGACGACCUGGCCAGACUGAGGAAGUUGCUUCGGCCAUUCUAUUCUUGGCGGGAAGUGGAGCUAGUAAUAUUACUGGUGUGACGUUGUCGGUUGAUGGAGGACGUGGAGUGAUGUGCCCGCGGUAAUCAUUAGAAUACAUAAUUGCCCACAAUUUUUAUUGGAAUAUACAGUGUUGUUAAUACA